UUUUUUUUUUUUCCAAAUUUUUUUACAUUCAUCAAUAUCACACGCCGAGUAGAAGAGCAGAGAACCGUGUCUAGGGGAGAGCACUCGUGAAUACUUUCACUAUAACACUACUUGAAAUUUAUAGAUCUAGUGUUAGUGUGUCUGUUUUUCAAGCCUGAAGUUUCCAAAUGGCCGAGGCGCAAAGUGUUAAAGUCCUCUACUUCGAUGUGACUGGACUGGGAGAGAUUCUGAGGCUUCUCCUGAAGUUUGCUGGAAAAGAGUUUGAGGAUGUCCGGUUGGAUAGGGACAAGUGGCCGGAGAUCAAGCCUACCAUGCCUUUUGGUCAAGUCCCUGUGUUGGAACUCGACGGUAAACGAUAUGGCCAGUCAGUCGCUCUGGCUUCUUAUUUAGCCAGGGAGUUCGGCUUCUACGGCAAGACCAACUUGGAGGCGCUGACCAUCGACACAGUGUACCAACUGCAAAGCGACUUACUCCACGGCUAUGCCAAGUACUAUCGCGAGACCGACCCGGUCAAAAAAGAAGAGUACUUAAAAGAAGUGAAAUCCGAGAUUGGUCCGAGAUAUCUUGGAUUUUUCGAGAAUUUACUGAAGGAGAGCGGUACGGGAUUCUUCGUGGGAGAUUCCAUCACCUUGGCCGACUUUGUCCUCUUUGAUGUGGCCACUGGCUUUUUGAAGCCAACAGUGGAAGAUUCUAUUGACAAUUUCCCGUUGGUGAAGAAGCUUGUUGAGACCGUGGGGGAAGACGAACGGAUCAAACAGUAUGUCUCUGAGAGAAAGUAAAAAAGAUCUUGUAGGUUCAUUUAUUUUUAAAUACGUACAAUGGAGUUUAUUUUCAUUGCACAUGAUGACACACUGGAAGCAGAGAUUCAUCAGAGUUUCGUAAUAAACAGAAUUCGUUCCUUUCCUCUUUUCUAAUUCUUUUCGCCUUUUUAUCUUGACUUAUUAGGGAAAUAAACAAAAAUAUUCA